AAAUGUUCCGAAAGUUGCCCAGAUUGGGUUUGAAGGGUUGGGCGUGGCGAUAUCUCAGAGAACCAGACAAAACACACAGGAAAAGCGAGUGAGAGAGAGAUAGAUAUACACCUAUCUCUAUUCUCACUUCUUGUGGGUUCUGUUAAUUUGUUCACCCUAACCCCUCUUCUCCUCUCUCUCUCUCUCUCUACACCAUCAUCACAGCCUUCAUCUCUCUUCCUGCCAUUGUUUGAAUUAGAUACAGAAAGGAUGAGCCUUGGCAGCUUGAAGAGCUUGUUGGCUGAAGCAGCCAUCAAAGGAGUGACUGAGGCAAGGGCAAGGAUAUUUGGUCAUGUACUUAACCCAACAGGGCAAAGAUCUCCACACAAGAUUUUACGCAAGAAGCUUAUUGGUGAGAAAGUUGCACAAUGGUAUCCAUAUGACAUCAAUAAAGAUGAUCCCCUUGUCAUGGCCCGACAAGAACAAGAGCGCUUAUCCAAGCUUGAAAUGUUGAAGCGUCGUGGAAAGGGACCCCCUAAGAAGGGCCAAGGAAAGCGUGCAGCCAAACGUAACAAAUAGAUCUCUGCAACAAAUAGAUCUCUGCAAAUGGCAUUGGAAGAACAGGAUCAUGAGUUAAACGUUUUGUAGAACACAGCUGCUUUUGGUUGUUGACUGAUUUUAAUGACUUUCAGGAUUUAAUGUUUCAUUGAUUGCACUACAUCUCGUCUUUUCUUUUUUUUCUUUUUCGUUUUGAUUGUCUGUACAUGUUACAGACCAUUAUUCAUGGUACUGUUCACUUCAGCGUGUUGUUCAUCGCUUGAGCAGUGAAAUUAUCUUGCAGAUUUCUCAUUUA